CCCGCCGUGACGCGGCAGCGGGGCUGGCUCUCCUCCUCCUCCUCUCCGCCUGCGCUCAUAAACGGAUGUGAUAAACCCAGCGCUGAAUGCGCCGCAGCAGCGAUAACAGUCAGCUCUGACCAUGGCGGAAGAGGACGACGCGACGGUUCGGAUUUUACAAAGCCUGCGGGGUAAAAUAUGUGAGGCUAAGAACCUUGGUCCAGCCUCUGGUCCAAAUCGACAAAGGGAUCUCUGCACUCUUUGCACCAUAAGUCUGGAUCAGGAGGAGGUUUUCCGCACCAAGGUGUUUGACAAAAGUGUCAGCCCGUUCUAUGGAGAGGACUUCUACUUUGAGAUCCCUCGUCCAUUUCAGUGUUUAUCCUUCUAUGUUUAUGCCAAAAGUGUGUUCCAAAGGGACCUACCUGUGGGCAAGGUGUCAAUCAGAAAGGACGACCUGUGUAAAUACAGUGGGAAGGAGCACUGGUUUGGCCUUCAUCCGGUGGACCCGAACUCCGAAGUCCAGGGUAAGGUUCACUUGGAGAUGCGAUUGAACGAAGUGAUCGCAGUGACCGGCUCAAUGGGUCAACACUUACUAGUCCGGAUAAUCGAGUGCCAGGGGCUGCCUUUGAUCAGUGGGCAGAAUUGUGACCCCUAUGCCACGGUGUCACUCGUUGGACCUGCCAGGUCCGACCAAAAGAAAACUAAGGUGAAGAAGAAAACCAGCAACCCUCAUUUUGAAGAGACCUUCUCCUUUGAGGUCACAAGGUCUGGCAGCUACUCUAAGAAGACUCAUUUCCAAGUGGAAGAGGAGGACAUUGAAAAACUUGAGAUCAAAGUUGACUUGUGGAACAACGAGAAUCUGGCUCAGGAUGUGUUUCUGGGGGAGACGCGGGUGCCGGUCAAGAUCCUCCGAAACAGCCACGUCCACAAAGCCUGGUAUCUCCUCCAGCCCAAAGGGAACGGCAGCAAGUCCAAGUCUGAUGAUUUGGGAUCCUUGCGUCUGAAGCUGACCUACAUAGAAGACACGGUGCUGCCAUCUGCCUGCUACACACCUCUCUGCAACCUGCUGCUCAAAUCCCCGGAUGUGAAGCCCAUCUCGGCCUCGGCAGCACACAUCUUGGGGGACAUCUGCAGAGAGCGAUACGAGGCGGUUCUGCCCACGGUUCGACUUCUGCUCCACCACAAUCGCUUUGUGCCUUUUGUCUCCGCUGUGGCGGCUCUAGAGCUGGACAACACUCAGGAGGCUAACACUAUAUUCCGUGGCAACUCACUGGCAACGCGCUGCAUUGAUGACAUGAUGAAGAUUGUGGGAAAGAAUUACUUGGCAGUUACCCUGAAGCCUGUAAUAGAUGAGAUUUGUGAAUCAAACAAAACUUGCGAGAUCGACCCUGUGAAACUGAAGGAAGGUGACAACACGGAGGUCAACAAGGAGAACCUUCAGGGUUACGUCCAGAAAGUCUUUUCCUCCAUCACAGAGUCAAGUUCCAGCUGUCCCCCACUCAUGUGUGAUGUCUUCAGGUCCCUGAGACACUUGGCCUGCAAACGCUUCCCAGCCGACCCACAUGUUCAAUACUCGGCCGUUAGCAGCUUUGUUUUCCUGCGAUUCUUCGCCGUCGCCGUCCUUUCUCCCCACUCCUUCCAGCUCCGUUCCCACCAUCCGGACACAGAGAUUUCCCGCACACUCACCCUCAUCUCAAAGACGAUCCAGACGCUGGGUAGCUGGGGUAGUUUGUCUAAAAAAAUGUCUAGUUUCAAAGAAACCUACAUGUACGACUUCUUCAAAUCAUUCCAAGAAGACCAGUGUAUAGAAAAAGUUAAAAAGUUUCUGGAUGAGAUCUCCUCUAACAUCAGCAAAGAGUCGAGUGGGCUGGAAGACGCGGUGGUCCUCAAGGAGGGGGAAGUACAGAAACGCGGCCAGGGGAGAAAACACCUUGGGAAGAAGAACUUUAAAAAGAGAUGGCUCAGACUGACCAACAGGGAGCUGUCCUACCACAAACAUAAAGGAAAAGAGGCCCUUUGCGUCAUCAAUGUCAAAAAUAUCCAGGCGGUGGAGAAACUAGAUGAAAGUGCCUUUAACCGCAAAAAUAUGUUUCAGGUGCUCCAUUCUGAGAAGCCUCUGUAUGUGCAAGCAGGAAACUGUGUAGAGGCCAGUGAGUGGUUGGAGGUCCUGGGCCCGGUCAGUCGCUGCAACGAGGGACGCCUCUCCGCCUUCCAUCCGUCGAAUUACACCAGCGGGGCCUGGCAGUGCUGCAGGAGCCAGAGCAGCAACGCGCCGGGCUGCAAGCCCUGCACCACCACCGUGCUGGCCAACCUGCAGCUGGACAUAGACUGUGACCGGGAAACGGAGAGGAUUUUCUCCCUCCUCUCCUCCAACGAUACCAAGCUGCAGAACAUGGAGGAUGCGUGUGCCAGCAUGGCGGUGUAUCAGGGCCCUCAGCGGGAGCAGGAGGACUACUCCAAGUUCACCAUUCAGGAACCCAAAGAGACCUUUCAGACGCUCAAACAGCUCCGAAACGUCAUGGAGGAACUACAGAAGCAGCACAACGUCCGGAGCGACACCACGGCGCAGUACGGGAGCCUCGACAACCCCAUAGUGGGGAAGACCUCUUAACCCGGACGGGGAGGCGUGGCCUGGGAGAGCCACGCCCAGCAGGUGUCGGUAGUCCUCAAGGGGUCGCUGGGGUCGUCCCGGUGAGAAAAGGGCGAGCGACGCGCCCGGACCUCCAGACGCUACGAGUCCAGUACAGCAGGGGCCGCCUAAAGAUGGGGGAAGCGGAGCGAACAGUCUCUGUCCUCCGAAUGAAACAAAAACCCCUCGGUGGUGUCUUCUCUCCUUGCUCUGUCCUUUUCUUAAUUUAUGUCCUCUUUGACGUAUACGGCUGUUAUUUUUUUGUGUUUUUUAAAAGGCAUCAUUACAGUGGAUGGUGUGUGAAUAGGCUGCUAUUUUUUUAUUCACAGAAUUCUUUUAUUUCUUAUAUCAACAGCUGUGAUGAUGAUUUAAAGUGUUUUUUUUUUCCCUGACAUCCAUCUUUUUUUUUAGAUUUGAUAAUUUGUAUCGUCCUUCUGUCCCCCCCCCCCGGUCUCAGGGCCGUCCACAGCUGGAACGUUGGCUCUAACAACAACGCGUGAGCGUGGUCACGGCUGCGUGGGCGGCCCGUUGGCGUCCUUCCUCCUCUGAUGGUUUGUCUGUAUAUAUUUUCAGAGUAGAUGAAACCAAUCUGCCUUACUUUGAUGGAUGUUUCUUUCACAUUAAAUGCUUAGGGAAUAAUGCAGAAGCACUUUAUAUAUUUGGAAUACUCCAAAUGGAAAUGAUUAGAUACUUGUUAUCAGCUUUCCCCAUUUUGAUCAGUUACAUGAUCUUGAGUAAUCCUUUUGUUUAAUCCGUGUAUAAAUGACAUUUAUAGCCUGUAGAUUUUAAGAUAUUUUUCGUGACCAAAGACAGUUUGAUAGUUUUGACUUGAAAAAAUAAUAAUGUAUUUUGAAUACAAAGGUUUAAAAAUGGAGAAAAUUAUGUAUCUCUAUAGAUAUGUAUGUUGUGUGUAUGUAUUUUUUCAAUAUAUAUAUAUAUAUACUUUUUAGUGACUUAAAGCAAGCAGACUGCAUGCAUUCGGUUUGGAAUCCUAAUGGCACAUGAUUGUGGUGUAGACUUGUAUUUCCCUGUGAUUGUGAAUCCUUUUGGUACAUUGUGAAUCAGAUUUAUGGUUUCACGGCAUAUCUGUAGUGGCUUGUGUAAGAAAUGAAACCGUAGAGAGGAAUCUGUCAAAAGAGCACAUUAUCCCCGUCAUCCUCGAAUUAGUUCAGACAAUCACGGCAGCCAACAAACACUUUGUUGGAUUUUUUUUGUACCUGGAAGAUAAUCUUUCUCUUGAUGUGAAUCCUAUUUGAUGCCUAACAAUCAUAUUUUGCUGUGAUAGUCCAACAAGGUCUUCAAACCACUUAAAAACUUCCCCCCCAUUUGUUAAACUGAUUUCUGUUAAUGACACGAAACUGAAUUCUGAGAUCAAACCAGCAACGCGUUUUUACUUAUUGAUUAUUCACAAACAUUUUUAAAUAAACCCUGAUAGUCUUUUUUUAAAUUUUUUUGCUCCAACAUUUGCCAAUUUGAACAAUGAAGGGAACUUGAAUUUAUUUUAAAAACAAAAGAACGUGUAUUUCUGAAACCGGGUCGACUGUGUACUUUUCUUUGCCUGUGGAAAUAAGUGGUUUAGUCUUUGGUCCGUCCUAUAUUUCUAACAUGCAUAUCUUGUGUAUUUAACGAUCUAUUUUUCUAGGAAAAAUGUUUGUUUGUUGUUUUUUGUCUUUUUUUCGGAAACACUGAUUGGAAGUGUUGGCACGGUACCGUUUCCUUUGUCGAGGCUUCGCUGCCUGUGUGCGCGUGGUGCGUGCGUGCGUGUGUGUGUGUGUGUGCGUGCGUGUGUGUGUGUGUGUGUGUGUGUGUGUGUGUGUGUGUGUGUGUGUGUGUGUGUGUGUGUGUGUGUGUGUGUGUGUGUGUGUGUGUGUGUGUGUGUGUGUGUGUGUGUGUGUGUGUGUGUGUGUGUGUGUGUGUGUGUGUGUGUGUGUGGUUGCGAGCUGCUGCUGGUUGUCUGCUUGACGCAGUCACCGCUGGCGCGUGUGACGUCCCAGAGCUGCAGCUGGCGCUGACUCGGCCCACGUGAGGGCUGGAAGGGAAUCUGCUGCCUGAUGAGAGAAGGAUGAACUCUGUUUGUGUAACGUUUUUGUUUGGAACACACAAAAGGAGAAAAAAAAAUGACUCUGGACCAAAUUUCAGCACAAAGUUGUUGCUGUAUAAUGUUGCAUGUCAACGCCAUGGCUAGUUUUAAUAAGUGCCAGUGAACUGGCGGUUGAUGUCUUCUGGUUGUGUUCUCAUAUGAAGGUGACCGUGUUCUCGAGUGCUUGCUCUGAGUUCUACUUUUUUAUCCGCUUUUAAUAAGGGAUUUUUUUUUUCCUUGUGCUGUCAGAAUGUGGAAAUGCCUCCAGUGGCCAGGAAGUAAUCUAGUUAGACUUUCUCAUGUAAUAUUGCCAAACUAAAAAGAACGCUGAGAUUGGAUGAAUUACGGCAAUUCAAGGUAGCAGCCAACUACUCAUUUUAUUGACAGAAUCCGGGAGAAGUCCAGGUUUGUGCAACAGAAAUGAACUUCAGGGUCUGUAAAUCAAAGUUUACGCUCAAAGACUGUAACAAUGUUGCAUUUUCUUGUCAAAUACGGGAGUGACGUUUCAAAAGUAUCUCUUCUUUCUGCCGAUCCGCGUGCGUCUGUCUGCUCGGAGUCGUAUCUCAGCGCCCGAGUCCCUUGAGGAAUGUGUGCGAGGCCUCGGGACGUCCUGCCCGUCCGCCGGCUCGGUUCUUCUGAAUGUUUCCACUUCGAUACGAUUUUUUUUCGAUUUGUUUGUUUGUACACAAAAUAUUUUAUUUUCCAUACGUGUGUUGUCUUUUCUGUGUCCAUUUGAAGCAAUUUACAAUAAAACCGUUGAAAUGCCAA